CAAACAGUAAUGGCAUCUCUGAGUCUCCUUCUGGCCUUCACCGUUAUGGCGAUGCUUGUUAACGUUUCACUGUGCGCCAAUUACACAGUGGGAGGUCCUAAUGGCAGUUGGGACAUCAGCACGAGCUUGCAGGCUUGGUCUUCAUCUCAUACAUUCAACCCAGGAGAUGUCUUGUUUUUCCAGUACGCACCCAUGCAUGAUCUUGUGGAAGUAACAAAGGCCGACUACGACUCCUGCCAAGUGACCAAUCCCAUCAACACCCACACCGAUGGCAACACGGCCAUCAACCUCAACGCAAUCGGCAAGAGGUACUUCAUCUGCGGAGUCCCCGGCCACUGCAACCUCGGCAUGAAGGUCGAGGUAGAGACUGUGGCGCCCGGCGCCCAGCCGCACCCGUUCGCCUUGCCUCCUGCUGAUCAAGUGCCGGAAUUGGCUCCAUCAGGCUCACCUCUGGCCACCUUCUACCCUGGCUUCCCUUUGAUCAAUUCCGGCACUUAUAGCUCUUCAUCAGGCACGCAACUGCCACCGCCAGCAUCAUCUUCUAGCUCACCAACCAAGUCCAGUGUGUUCAUGAAUUGGGCUCCACUGUUGAUUCUACUCUUGCUUUUCUGGCUCGGUUUCUAA